AUGCAUAUUUUUAACCUCGAUGCUGUACAGUCCGAUGAUUCCAAAAUCUGCGUUGUGAUGGUGGGCCUGCCGGCCCGCGGCAAGAGUCUCAUUGCCGGGAAGGCAAUGCGGUACCUCGCCUGGGUCGGCAUCCCCGCCAAAGUCUUCAAUGUAGGCACCUACCGUCGCAGCAACACCCCCCAGCCCCAGGCGACCUUCUUCGACCCGCAUAAUGAGGAGGGCGAGCGGAUGCGCCGAGCAGCGGCGGAGUCGGCUGUGAGUGAUAUGAUCAAUUGGUUCCAUGAUCCGACGAAAAAGGGCGUCGUGGCUAUCCUCGAUGCGACCAAUUCUACCAGGGAGCGCCGGAAGUGGAUCUACGAGAAGUGCCGGGACGCCGAUAUCGAGACCCUCUUUGUCGAGUCGAUCUGUGACGAUGAGGAUCUCAUCAUGACCAACAUUCUCGAGGUCAAGACUACCUCCCCAGACUACAAGGGUCAGGACCCGGAGCUCGCUGCUCUCGACUUCCGCAAGCGUAUCCGCAACUACGAGAAGGCGUACGAGACCAUCGACGACAAUGAAAAGAACUAUCCCUACGUCAAGCUCAUCAACGUGGGCUCGACGGUCAUUAUCAACCAGAUCAAGGAUUAUCUGUCCAGUCGCUUGGUGUACUACAUCCAGAACCUGCACAUCAAGCCCCGCUCCAUCUGGCUGUCACGACACGGUGAAUCCGAGUACAACCUAACCGGAAAGAUCGGCGGAGACUCCAACAUCUCCGAGCGCGGCGAGGCCUACGCCCGCGCCCUCCCCGAUCUAAUGCGCAAAUCCGGAAUUCCCCCAAACACAAAGAUCGUCAUCUGGACCUCGACCCUGAAACGCACUAUCCAGACAGCCCGCCACCUGAAAUCUGAAACAGGCUUUGAAAAGCUAGAAUGGAAAGCCCUCGAUGAACUCGACUCUGGCGUCUGCGACGGCCUCACCUACGAACAAAUCGCAGAGAAAUACCCUGACGACUUCAAAGCCCGCGACGACGACAAAUACAACUACCGCUACCGCGGUGGCGAGUCCUACCGCGACGUCGUCAUCCGUCUGGAACCGAUCAUCAUGGAGCUGGAGCGCAGCGAGAACGUGAUCAUCGUCACCCACCAAGCUGUCCUACGCUGUAUCUAUGCAUAUUUCAUGAACGUGCCGCAGGAACAGACUUACCCCCGCGCGUAUGGAACGGAGGAGAAGCGCUUCAAGGCGGAUAUUCCGGCUGUUUCGACGUGGAGGGGGAAGGGUACUUCGGCUAAGCAUCAGGAGUUCCCGGCUGAUGGGAAGGAGAAGGAGGCGCAUUGA